AUGCCCCCAACAAGAGAUCUAAGUAGCGUACAAGAAGAAAUAUCUCUUCUUUUUUACCAAGGAAAGACGAACAACCAAAUCACAGAGCAAAUCAACCAGAUCCUAAUCGAACAAGGCAAACCCUGCGUCUGCAAGCGCACAAUCCAGACAUAUCUCACAGCCCAGGGCUUUUCCCGUUCCAUCGAUUUAAAUGCUCUGCAAGAAGAUGUCGCGGAGCUCCGGGAACGAGGCGAAAAGGUUGCAGAUAUUCUACGGCAAGUUAACCAGUCCCUCGUUGAAGCUGGCCGUUUGCCCAUCAGCGAGCGGAGCCUCAACAUACAAAUCAAGCGUUGGGGUCUGACGAGUCGUCGCAAAACCCGAGCUUGCGACUACUGUCAUGCCAGGAGCAUAAAAUGCCAGACGAAGCUUGGAGAUUACAGCUCGUGUCAGAAUUGCAUCCGGUUUGCUCAGCCAUGCACAUAUGAACGAAAACCUCAGAAACGGGGCGCCAAGCCUCGAAAUCCGGGUACUGCUUCACAGAAUGAUGCUCGCAACCGACGAGUGUCCACGCUGGAGAAUAAACUAGCACGGCGCCAUGAAGCAUCAGAUGGCCAGCAUGUUAAUUCUUCGUGGCAAGCUCCCUUUAUCGCGAGCCAGGCGGUCAUCAUGGAUCUGACGGAGCUGUAUUUCGAAAUUGUGUACCCGAUAUUUCCCUUCUUCCACCAGCCUUCUUUCCUGCGACGCAUCUCCAGAGCAAAUUAUACGACAGACAGAGCACUGUUUGCUGUCACCAUGGCUGUCUGCGCCCUGGUUAGCAGCCGCAUACGUGAUGGCGCAAUUACCAACCCGAAAUGGGACCUUGAUCCCCUACGAGAACCUGGACCAGAAGUCUUCUAUGCUGAAGCCAAGAAGCAGCUGGCGAGUUUUGAAAUGGUCGCCACGUUGAAUGUGCUACGUACUCAUGCCAUUCUUGCCAUCACAGCAAUCCAAAAUGGAAACUUGCGAGAAAUGCGUUGGCAUCUGGGCACAUAUCAGACUCUAGUUGCGGUAGACGGGCUGCAUGACGAAGCGAACUGGCCCAGCGGAAUAGGGGUGAUUGAAAGAGAGGAAAGACGUAGACUUUUCUGGUCCAUCUACACACUCGACAUCUUCACAUCCUCGGUAUGCGGCGGCGUAGUGCGCUCUCGUGAAGAGCAAUGCAACGUAUUAUACCCAGCAGAAAUAGAAGAUGAAUUCAUCAACGACAACAGCGACAUCCCACAGACGGUCACCUCACCCGAUGACAUGACGCCCUCAUCCAGGGACAGACCGUCUCUCAAAGUCCAAUCAGACUGCUGGCUCUCAGGCUGGAACUUCAUAACCGACCUCUACAGGAUUCUAGAACACGCACUCACUAAAUUCCGCAACUUCCGGCCUCGCAAGCACGGCCGCUCAUUCCUCCACGACAUCUUCCAGGACAAUUCCACCCUUACAGAAGCAUCUGUCCGAGACACCGUCCUCCAAAUGUACAUCAACCUCCCGCCGUGCUUCAAGGAAACCCCCGAAAUGACAUACGACAUCAAAAAAGACAGAGUCAGCUUCCAAGCCGCCAACAUAUCAGGAAGCGUCCAACUCCUCCGUAUAGUCCUGUGCGUAGCCGGCGACACUAGCAUCGAAGACCGGUGCCGCGUGGCCAGCGACGUCGUCGACGCCCUGGUCUCGAUACCCAUGCCGUACUCACUCGCGAUAUCUACCCCGCUGCUGCAUCAUCUGAGCGGGAUAGGCGCGAUUUUGGGCUCCGUGUUCGAGGAGCCGCUUAGUGAGACGGAUUACAAUCGUAUUCGGUCGAUUAUACUGCUCAUGGCGCAGUUGUUGGAGAAGAUGGAGGCUAUUCAGCAUGCUUCUGGGGCGAGUGAGAAGCUCAAGAGCCUGGUGGCUCGUAUUGAUGAGUAUAUGAAUACCCAGCGGCAUUGGGGGUCCACUGUGCAUCAUCAGAUUGGAGAUGGAGCGACUGGUGCUCAGCUUCCACUUGGGUUGGCGGGCGAUGGUGCGCAGACGGGGUAUGGGCAGAUGGAGACUGGUAUUCCGGAGUGGUCGAUUCAGCUGCCGCCUGAUCUUUUGGGGGAUUUGACUUGGGAGUUUGACUUGGCGCCAUGGUGGACUUAG